AUGUCCUUCCUCAAAAAACUCAUUUCAAAAUUUAAUAAAAAAUCUAAUAUUUUAACAAGAUCAAUUAAAAUUGAUCAAAAAAUUGAUGAAUGGUGGUCAGAUAAUAUUCAAGAAGAAAAUUGGCCAGAAUAUCAGAAUGAUAUUGAAGAAUGGCCAGGAAUACAAAAAGAAGAAAUUUUGUAUCAACAAGAAUCUUGUAAUUUUGAAGAAUCUUUUGAAAAAUUUUUUGAAGAAUCGUCUAGUUCAAUAGACGAUAAAGAAAAUUUUUAUAUUUCUUCACCGUCUAUUGAACAAGAAAAUCCUUUUAUUAAAGAAAAAUUUUAUAUUUCUUCUAUUAAACAAGAAAAUUCUUCUAUUAAAGAAACUUUAAUCAAUAAUUAUUAUUUUGAAUGGUUUUUAUUAAUUUUGUUGUUAGGGUUGAUGCCAUUUUCUUUAAUUUUAAGUUGGAUUUGUGGAAUUUUAUUCUUAUUCAGAUGGAGAUUUUUAUUGAUAAAAUUAAAUUUAGCCGAAAGAGAUAUUGUUAAAUAUGUUGAUCCAUUUGAAAUAUAUUAUA